AUGACAAAUAUUUUUUCAUAUUAGAUUUUAAUUUCUAUGUGACUAUUCUCUACUAAUUCACCUAAUAAAAUCAUAUGUUAUACAAAAAAUAAAUCCUUCGCAGCCGCCAAAAAAUCAAAUCAUAAUUUCAUCUCAUACUUACUAGUUCUCCAUAUUAAUCAAAGCUACAGAAUAAUAUCCGCAAACAUAAUCCGCGGUAUUGAGUACGCUGAGAGGCGAGGAACGAUAUUUUUUUCUAAUUUUAGAACAGACAAACAAUUUAUUGCAUUUGAUUUCACAUCAGCGCUUUCCGAUACCCGCACCGGUGUCGGUAUCCGCUAGUCUUAACUGACGCUCGUUAAAAUAUAAACGCUUCAUUUACUUAUUGUCUAAGUUCCAACAGGCAAGACGUCUGCAAGAGUUCAUAUAAAAAAGCGUGUGUCAAAAAUUAUAACUUUACUUAGUAUCCAAAUACAGUGUCCACGAAAAAAAAAACGAUUCUAAAUUAAAAAUGGACCGUUAAAUGUGUAGUUGUCAAAAACAAUUCGAAAUUCAUACUUGGAUAUUUUAAUCAGAAACCGAAAAAAAUACGAAUUGAGAACAGUGCUUUCUUUUUUUGAGCUUCAAGGCUUUGGACAUUCACAAUUUCUCUUUCUAGUUUUGUGAUUAGUGAACUAUGGGUUGUGAGUUGACCAAGUUGGCGACUUCAGAGUUGAAACAUGAUCCUAUUGACAAGCCAGCGCCACCUGCGGACCCUCGGUCGCCUCUCACCACCAAGCAGCAGUACUGCAUGCUGGCCUCCUGGAAAGGAAUCUUCAGACAAAUCGAGAACACUGGGAUUUUGCUGUUUAUCAAAUUAUUCGAGGAAAAUGAGGAUCUCCUCCAUCUAUUUGACAAACUACGAGAGCUGAAGACUCCUGAAGCUCGAGCCAGUUCUGAGGAGUUAGCAGAACACGCGACGAAGGUGAUGCACACUCUUGAUGAGGGGAUCAAGGGUUUGGGAGACAUCGAUGCGUUCUUUGCCUACGUGAGGCAUGUUGGGGCCACUCAUCAUCAGGUGCCUGGGUUUAAGGCGGAGAACUUUUGGAAAAUCGAGCAGCCAUUCCUCCAAGCGGCCAAGACGACGCUCGGCGAUCGAUACACUCCAAACAUAGAAAACAUUUACAAAAUAACUAUUAAAUUUAUUCUAGAGAACUUGGUCAAGGGUUACGAGGAGUCCGGAGUCGAAAACGGGAAGGGAGAAACUUGACAGGAUUGAAUAACCAAAGACAAAAAUGUACCAUCAAACUGAAGUUACCCUUUUAUUGUAAUUGUAUAGAUCCAAUAUGUAAUUUUAAAUGUGUGGUAAUAUAAAUAGAUCAAGUCUUACUGUAUAGCCAAGUUUUAAAAAAAAUGUCCUGCAAGAAUGACGGAUCAUAAUUCUAAAAGGAAACUUGUUACUUAUUUCAUUUAGCACUUGGCUAUUUUUUAAAUAUUACCACGCAUUUCAGAUACUCCCUGUUUAGCUUAUUUUAGAAUUAAUAAUUUGAUAAUAUCAAAACUUCUUUAAGUAGUUCAUAUUUUAAGUUUAGCUGGUAUAUCAUUAACCAUACUUUACAACUAUAAAAUAAUUAAUUAUAUUUGUAAAAAAAAUCUCAAGUACUGUCAUUAAGGUCUUGUACAUACUUUCCUGCUUAAAACUAACUUAGAAAUAUUCUAAUCUGGAACUUUAUCACGUUUAUCUAGGAAGACGUUGUAUAAGUGCCACACAGUUCUUUCUUGGUUAAUUACCUUCCUUCCUAGUAGGCACCCGCCUACUACCCUUUCUUAUAACACGCCUAUUAGGGUUGCCUACACAAUCAUCUCGCUCCACAACUACAGCAGGCUUGAUUCAAGAGUUAUCGCCCAGCGCCUAGCUUUUUAUAAAUAUUUAAUACAGUUAAGUAUCGUUAAGAAUGUCGGGUAAAGAAAACUAUUUUAUUAGUGUUACCUAUUCUAGUUCUAAAGAUAUUUUUUAGGAUAAAGUAGUAGAAUGAAUUUAUCCUUAAAUGCGACGAUGGUGAUCUGUCAAUC